AUGGCCGACCUUAUUGGAAAUGUGGCAUCGUCCAUCACUACCACUUUCAAGCUCGCAGAGUUCAUUCUCAAUGUCCAAGCUGCGUCGGAAGAAGCACACGUCUUCGGACAGCUGAUUCAACGCGUACGCACCGACAGGGCAGAAGCAUUGCGAGAGCGCAAGGAGAGGUAUGAGACCCUCUGCCAUCAGGAGGCGAAGCAAAAGUGGGUGAACAAGAUCAUCGCAGACACUGAUCAGGCCUUGGGCACAAUCGGCAAAAUCGUCGAGAACGCCAGACUCGACGGACUCAAAGGUCGACCUAUCACUUUACAGCAUCGAUUCGAGUGGGUACUGAAGAAGAAGACGGACUUUCUGACCAAGCAGCAUCUGCUUAAUACUUGUCAUCAGAGUCUGCUUGCGGCUAUACUGUACAUGCAGACUUUGCCCAUCAAACCGAGCACAUCAUCGUUGUUCUCGCCGACAGCCCCUCCUGCGUAUGUCGAAGAACUGGGAGACGAGACUGAGUCGAUGCUCCAGUCUCAAUCAGCGAGACGGCCGAAGAAGUCCGAGGAGUAUGUGCUGCCAGACACAUUGUCCUUCACCGCUGGCGACGAUUUCGACCCGGGUCUUGAUCUAGACAACUACACGGUUGCUGGCCCAGCAGAGUCGGUGGCCCAGAAGGGGGCAGUUCAAGAACACCCAUGGGAUCAAGCUCCUCAGAGCGAAGUCAGAGGGGCAGCCGCGGAUGCCAUCAGAGAGCUCGGUGGCGAUAGUCAAACAAUGGCCGCGAUAGCAGAGUCUCUACAGCGAGCCACAUCAGAUGCUCGUCGACGCAGGCGUGAGGCUAUUUUUGUUGACGAUCCGACAGACUCGACUGCUGUGUCGGGCGGGACUUCUGCGCUGCCACAGGAUGCCGGUCCACGCUCGUCCACGUUGAAUCGUAGGCGUCGAAUCGAGGCACACUUUGCUGACAGCUGA